GGAAUGGAAUUUUGUUUUUCAUCUUUCAGUGAAAAAGCAGAGGAGGAAGUGAUGACACACUUGAAUCCACUGAAAGUUCUGCAUCGCGUCGAGCAUUUGAUGGAAGAAGACAGUAUAAUAGUGACUGAUGGGGGUGACUUUGUGGGAAGCGCUGCCUAUAUCUUGAAACCCCGAGGUCCUCUCCGAUGGCUCGAUCCCGGAGCUUUUGGCACACUCGGAGUAGGUGGUGGAUUUGCACUUGGAGCCAAGCUUUGCAGACCAGAGUCGCAGGUUUGGAUUGUUUAUGGUGAUGGAUCCCUUGGCUACAGCAUUGCUGAAUUUGACACAUUCAAACGUCACCAGAUUCCUGUAAUCGCCUUGGUUGGCAAUGAUGCUGGCUGGAGCCAGAUUUCCCGAGAGCAGGUUCCUUUGUUGGGCAGCAAUGUGGCCUGUGGCCUGGCAUACACUGAUUAUCAUACAGUUGCUGAGGGAUAUGGCGGUAAAGGCUUUCUACUGAACCGGGAAAAUGAAGAUCAGAUGGACGAUCUAAUACAGGCUGCUCAGGGGGAAUGCAGGAAAGGGAAUCCGACCCUCAUAAAUGUUCUGAUAGGAAAAUCGAACUUCAGGGAAGGCUCCAUCUCUGUGUAAUAACUCCUUCUGUAUAUAUCAUGGAUUUGCUGUAACGUGUGUGCCUUGCCCCAUUAUAAUCUUGUCCUAGUGGCAUAGACAGAAAACAGAAUGGCGAAAGGUUGUAUAUGAUCAUGCAAUAGCAUUUAAUGCACAAGGUACUUAAUCAAAGACUAAUUUACAUGAACUACCACUGAUAUUUUGAUUUUAUUUUUGUUUUUUAGUAAAAGAAAUGAAGGUAUAUUUUAUUAAUUUUUAAGUUGAUCUGUGUGUUAAAUUUGUUGAGUCCAUAAUACUGUGUAGCUUGGAACUGGUUAACAGUGGUUUUCAUUGCAGUUCCUGGGAGCCACUUGAACAAUCUCUCUCUUUGUCGGAGGAACCUCAAGGUUCUUGCUGCUGGGUUUGCUUGUGUGUGCUGAAAGAGCUGGAGCAUGGUGCUGUUUCCACCCCAGCAAAGAAAAAGGAUCUGGAAGCAACAUGAUCCUUGCACCAUGAAUCAGAGGCACUGGCUAAAAUAAAGAGUGAGCCCGUUUCUUUUAGUUUCUGUUCACUCUGGUUUGCUUGGUAAGUGCAUGGCAUCCCCUGCCUGUGGUAACAUGAUGGGAUCCCGGAGCUGGUUGUUAAAUGGCAGUCAUCGCGCACCCCCUCCCAGAUAGGAGCUGCUCCAUCAGGAAGAAUCUUAGCAAACUGCAAUUCCAAAGUUGCUCGAUGGUUAUCAACCUCGCUGCAGCCUCUUUACAUCCCAUUUUUGUAGCAGUGGUGACAAUGCCUGUACAAAGUUCUGGUGUGGAUGAUAGUGACACCAUGUUGUACAUGCCACAGUGAAGCUUUUUUGUGAUCAGGUCCAUUCUUGACCCUGUUGGUUUUCCCACGUGCUCUGCAACUGGUUUUUCCACGUACUCUGCCACUUGCCUCCCCACGUGCUCUGCCGCUUGAGAGGUCAGAGACAGAUCUUUCUGGCCACCAUCCAGAAGAUGUUUUUGAAUAUAAGAAAGCAACUCAGGAACUUCUAGCAAUCCUCACAAGUGAGCAGUUGUGAGUUUGUAGGUGCCAGUGGGUGCUUUCUGAGAGUUACUGCUUCUACUUUAAAAGUUUGCAACAAGAUGUGAAAAGACCAGUGACAGGACCAUUGCUGUCUAAUCCAUGCAAUGCUCCAUUCUUCACGCUCUCUUAUAAAUUAAACUGAAUCAUUGAACUUCUUUGUAAAUUUCUCUGCAUUUAAUUUAGAUUAUUUUUCUUAACUUUGUAAAAUGAAAGCUAUUUCAAUAGUAGGCUGUUUAAAAUUCAUUCUUUCAAAUUAAUGCUCAUAGUUGAUCCAAAUAAUUAGCCAUUUCCUCCUUUUUAAUCACUGAGAGACGGAGAAAUGUCUGCAUUACUUCAAUACUUCUAAACCCCGCAUUGCAUGUUAUGCACUGAUUUACCUAAUCUUUGGUUACAUUCAAUCAUUGAUUUCGGACAACUCCACUUUUAAGCUGUUACCUAGACUCUUUACUGAGGCGUCAGUACAUUAAUCUGUCAGUGCAUUACAUAAGCAACAAGACUUCUGAACACUUUGUAAGCCAUGAAUUUUCGUAUUGUCCUAAGUGCUCUCUGUUUGAUUGUGGAAGACUCCAGCUUGUGGAUUACAGAAGCAGCAUGACCAUUUUGAAUACAAAUAUGAGCUGAAUUUCACCUGAUAUUUAGAAAAUGCUACAAAAGCUCAGCAGGUCUGGCAGCCUCUGUGGAGAGAAAUCAGAGUUAACUUUUCAGGUCCAGUGACCCUUCCUCAGAACCCUUUUGAAUGACUUGAACUGUUUUGAACAGUUUGUUCUCCCAAUCUUCAGGUUUUCUUUUAAUUGUGUAUUGCCCAUUGUAGAUUUUAUCUUCAGUUCUUCCUUGGUGUUGGUACCUGCCAACCUCUUGAGCAAAGGAUUUUCAACAGUAGAAAAUAUUUUAAGUAAUUACUAGAUCAUUGGCUGUAUAAGGAUAUGGUGCUUGAAGAAAAUACAAGUUAUUGGCUCAAAGACCAGUACAUGAGCUACCAAUGAAUGAUACUACUUUCUAGACAAUCUGUUGUUUGUUGUUUGAUGUUUUAUGUUUUAGAAAUAUAGCAGGUUUUUGACUCUUCUCCUAUUAUGAGAAUCUGUAACUAAUGUGUUCCCAGACACUUCUACGUGAUAGCAGUUUGUUUACUAAAUCUGGUUUUGGCUGUCUCCACCACAUCUCCCUUCAGUAUUUGGUGAUGGGUCUUUCACCUGUUAGUGAGAUAAGUCUUUCACUUCAUUGCAAGUUCUCUGAUAAACACCAUGUGUGGAUGUAGUGUCAUUGCGACCAUUCUAUUAAUAGCACUCUGAUCCACUCAGUGAUCAUGCCUCCCAGCCUUGAUGCUGGGGAUGCAACUUUCUCCCUCUUGCUAAUUGACCUCGGAAUAUUAGGAAUAGAAGAAUGUCAUUCAGCCUCUUGUUCCAGCGUUCACAUAGACUAGGCUGGUCUGUGCCCUAUUUGUCCAAAUGAGCUGAAUUUCACCUGAUAUUCUUGCCUGAAGAAAAUCAGUUGAACUCCAUAUUGAAAGCUCCAUUUGGUUCCUGCCAUCCUGGCCUUUUGAAUGGGAACAUUCCACAUUUUUUUGCUAACUUGUGCCUAAAAAAUGUGAUUCUUGAUUUUGCUGCUGAACUGACAGGCUCUAAUUUUUAAAGUCUGAUCCCUUGUUCUUGAUUCUUCAAUCUGAGGAAAUAGUUUCUUUAUAUCUAGCAUGUUAAGAGGAAUUGAUCGAACAGAAACACCUCUACCAGAUCACUCCUCAAUCUUCUGGGUUGAUAAGUCAUGUUUACCCCAGCUGUUCUUGUAAUUUAAUCCUUAAUAAACAUGGUGGGACUUACGUAUGCUUAAAUUUAAGGAGCUUUUAAUUUAAAUUAUGUGUUUAAUCUUCAUGUUCAUACUUUGUAGUUUAUCUUCUUGUCAGCUUGAUGUCUGUGUUCCUGCUUCUCAUUUACCAAAUUUUCAUCAGCAUAUCACAUAGUUGAUUUUGCACACAUUUCUAGAGUUUGCGUACUCAAUUGCUUUAAUUGUGUGAUAUUUAUCCUCUAUUAUUCCUGAUUUUGAUAUUCUUCUAGUACUGAUAGCUAUCUGCUGUGAACAGUGAUAUUUGUGACAAUGGCCACUAAAGCGAAUCACCUUGCUCACACAUCACACUGCUCAAAGUAAGUGGUGAUAACAAGGUUGGCAUUGCCAUGUCAACAUUUAUGUUGAUACAGUAGGUUUUUGGUAUCAGUCUGCAGAGAUGGAUUGAUUCCUCUUCCCUUGGUUGAAAUAAAUAGGAUUUUGUCAUAAGUGGAUUUGACAUAAUUGGGCAGAGUUGCUACGUGCUUGCAUAAAGCAAGUUCUGAAAUUAACCUGUGUUCAGGAAAUUGAUGUUAAUGUCAAAAGCCUGGAAAGCAGUCUGUUUACUUAAGCAGGUUCAUAUGAAAUUACUUUGUCCUAAUCUAAUGCUACGUAAUGUCUCUCCUCAAAUUGUAAAUUUAACUGUAAUGUAUUAAGUGUUUGUUGGCUGAGAUUCAAAUACCUUCAUGUUAAGGCGGUAAUUAAUUGAAUGGUAGUGAAGCAAGUGUAGGAAUGUUAGUUUGCCCCAAGAUGGCAGUGGUGGCCUUUGGAAGUCCACUAGUUGUACCUGGUGCUUGCUGCUUUCAUUGGAUGUCUGGAUUUCUUCCUGAUGUUGCAGAGUUGGCUGUCUAUUGGCUAGUUGGACAAAUAAUUGAUGCAGUUAAAACUCAAAGAGGAUGUUCUGAUCAUACUUGUCAUAUACCUAUUGAAUUAAAGGUUUAAUGCAGUCAGCAUCAAAUUACAAUUAUAGGUUUUAGAUUGUCCAAGAAACUCCUUUCUGUGUGACUGACUACUUAACAAAGCUUUGAGAUCUGUUGAUUUUUCUUAAUGUUUCUUAAUUCUUAACAAUUCUUCAUUUUUAACAAUUCUUAACAAAUUCAUGGUGCUAAUGGAUUUGGGGAAUAGGGUCAUUUCUAGCUGUAUUCCGUACUGAGGAUGACAAUUACCAGCACUUGGGGCAGCACGGGAAAUUUAUUUCCAGCACCUUUUGGUGGGUGUUGCAUUAGUGUUGCUGGAUGGAACUUGUCAUUCAGAGAUUUGCUGGUGUAAUUGGAGGCUGGUGACUGUGCUCUAAAGUGACCACGAGUCCCUGCCGUUUCUGUUGGGUCUUGUGGUGUUGGAGUUAGUGCAGUGGGGUCAAGAGGAACCAUUUGAAUUGUGUAACUUUCUGUCAGUUCUUUCCAUGCCAGAGUUCUUCGCACUGCACUUAAACCACACCUGACUUUUGCAGAGUUUCAGAAGUGCCACUAACUUGGGGCUUGCGCAUCCCUUCCCUUUGUAGAAAUUGGACAAUUGACUACUUCUGUUGUGUUGUGACUACUUCUGCAGUCUGGACGUGAGGAACUGAGAAACAGCGGAGAUCAGGAUGGAAUUUUAACAUCUAAUCAGUUGACGAUUAGCGUUUGGAUUUAUUUUGAAAUUCUUAAAAGAGCAUGUUUAAAUUUAAUAGGUAAUUGUGGACUAGGUUAAGUUCUACCUCCAUUUAUAAGUAAAUGCUGCGUUUUAUUCUGUACCUUUACUGUGCAUUGAAAUAUUAAAAGUCUUCUUUACAACCUGA